AUGGUGCAACCGAUCUUAGCCCCGACACGCCCUGACUGGGACAAACCCAAUGUGCCAACACCAGCAGAGUGGGAGAAAGUUAAGGAGAUUUUCACAAAAUACUAUCUCAACAUCGAUAAUACCUACGGACAACUUACUCUCAAUGAGAUCCGCAAGAUUAUGGCUGAGAAUCAUCAGUUCAACGCAAACGAAGCCCAAUACAAAAAUAAGAUCAGCAAGUGGAAACUCGGCAGAAAUCUCGACAAGAAUACAGUCAAGAACUUGGCACGAAUACAAGACAAACGAGCACAGAGCGGUGGGGAAAAGACAGCUUUCAAGUUCCAUGGAAUACCCGUCUCGGAAGAUAAAUUAGAACGCUCGCGUAAACGUCUGGGAUUAGCCCAACCGGUUGCAACUGAUCCAGAGCUAUCAGUUACGCCGCCUACCAUAAGCUACUCUACCCCAACUUUACAGAGUGAUUUUACUAUGGAUGAUGUCUCGGCCGAAGUUGACGUUCCGGGCGUCAACGGGAUAACUGUAGCUAUAAACGAUAUAGCUACAGGUAUACACGAGAUAUCUGCAGCUACACACGAGAUAUCUGCAGCUAUAAACGAGAUAGCUGCAGCUGCGAACGAUGAACUUUUCAAUUCAAAUUCAGUUGAUAUCGAUGGAUUGGAUGAAAAAAUCAGUUCGGAAAUCAUAUUUGUUGAGGAACCAAUUAUGUUCUCAAACGAUCCUAUUAUCACAUCCGAUCCGAUUAACAUGGACAUUAUAUGUAUUGAUUCUGAGAAAGAGCAUUUCUCGGUGUUUGUGGAAUUUCCCUGGCGCACGGCCUCCUAUGAGUUUUGA